AUGGCAGCUGAAAUGUCCUGUCUGGCUGGUGUCGAUGGAGAUGAGAAAGAUUCAGAUGCUGACAUCGGAGUCCUCAGCCUUCUGCAAGAACCACUGAAAAUGGCAGAGGUAUCAACCACUUGCAAUGAUUCUUUUUACAAUGCUUCGGGAAAGCAGUCCAGUAUCCUGGACAAUCUGUCAAACGCUGACAUGUUGUCACCGGUUGGCCUGGGAAAUGGACUUUCUUUACACGAGGCAACACAGGCUGAAGAACUCAACAGCAUAUCCAUGGAUAAAGAUGAGGAGAAAAGCAUAACCCAGUUAAAAACUGUACAAGAAAUAGAUCCUUCUGGAAUUUGGGGUUUUGAUGAAGAAUCACCAAAGAACUCAUUAAAUGAAUUAAGCACUAUCAGCGACCUCCAAUGUGACCCCCGGAGAGAGUUUGUGCACUUUGUGUGGGAAAAUCACAAUGAUUCCUUUGCUCCAGAACCUAGAAAGGAAGUGCAGCUACUAAACACCCAGAGAAGAAGAAAACGAAAAAUGGACAUGGUUAUGAUGGUGGAUCCUUUAGAGGACCAAUGUUCCGAUUUUAUUCAGUAUUCAUCUGAGGCUUUUUCUGAUAAAGAAGACCACGUGGACGACAUUCCUCCUGAUGUCAAACAGUCAAGAACUUUCCCCAAUGGAACCAUGAACGUUAUCAAUAAAGUUGUUCGAAGACAUUCACAUGAGGACAACCCAAGUCGAGGGAUUUCAUCCCUUAAGGGAAGGUUCGCGUUAAAUUCUCAUUCUAAAGAGAAAGCGUUGCGUUACCCCUGCUCAAAAUGUAAGGUCGUGUUUGACAAGCGACAUCAUUUGCAGCGCCAUUUGAAAAGUCACGAAGAACCGGCCAAAAAUGCAAAUUCUGAGACUCUGAUAUGUAGAGAAUGCGGAGAGUCUUUCAGACAAAGUAGCGUACUCAUUGAGCAUCUAAGAUUGCACCAUGAAAAAAGAUCAACACUCCCCAAUAAACUCAAAGGAUGGACGGAUAGUAAUGAUACUGAUGCCAAGCUUUUCUGCCCUCAAUGUCCGUUCGGAACAAACUGCCCCAAAGCAUUUGUUCAGCAUGCACAAACUCACGCGAAGGACAAGAAGAAUUUUAAAUGUGACAAAUGUAACUUCAGGACGGUGACUUGGCACGAUCUUCGGAUACACAUCAUACAGCACACAAAAUACACAGUUAGAAAUCAGAAAUCGCCGCACAGGGCCGAUGACUCGGACAUCUUCUCAUGUAAUGUUUGUCCUUACAAAGCUUUCAGCAAAUCUGUUUUUCAAAAUCACCUUUGGCGUCGCCACCAGCUAGAAUUGGAGGAAUACGAAGCCGAGCAAUUUUCAGAGAAAAACGCACAACAGUCUGAAGAAGAUUACCCUCCUCAUUGCGCACCCGUGGAAGACGCAGAGUUAACGUCCAAAAUCAUGAUCAAGAAUCAAGUUCCUUCAAAAAGACCUUCUCCAGCUCAGUCAAAUGACAUUUCAGACUUAUUUAAAAGUAACAAACUCAAGAGAGGUUUUAAGUCCCAACUCACAGAAUCCAAACUGGACAAAUCCAUAAACGUUCUGCUAUCACGACAAAAACAUCGUAAGACUGCAGAACAGAGGAAUUCUGCUCAGGAGUCAGCUAGUGAACAUAAAGUUGCAUCUCCAGGAUUAGAACCUUUAUCACCAAAUGGCUUCACAGGAUCAUCCCGUGAUGCUGAAAGACUUCCUAACAGAAGCAGUUUGCCCAACUGCAUCCCCGUCAAGAAAUCCCCAUCAAAAAGAAAGAUGUCAACACCGUACCGCAACAUGUCUGACCAAGAUUCGUGCUUCGUCUCGCCAGAACCUUUGCCAGCCCCUAAGUGGCUAAACCAGAAAGACCUGCAGGACUGCGACAACAAAGAUAUUUUCCGCUUUAAAGAUACAGACGAUCUUAGAAAAGGUGUCAAUCAAGAAAAUCAUAAUAUGAUUUAUACUUAUAGCCGAAGAAUGUCAAUACGUGGCGCUCUGGAGGCAUCGAAGAGACUCUUUAAGAAAGUGAAGAGUGAAGAGCCAGAUGAUGCAAACCCUCCAAUAAAAGAAGAAUGCAUUGAAACUGAAGUGUUUCAAGAAGCCUUUGAGUCACGCCAGUUGCCGUUGAUGGAAUCUUUAGCAGACGACAUGCCAAAGCUGGACAUGGACUGCAAGAACUGUCCGUACUGCCCUGCUGUCUUCCAGUCGGGAGUGGGAUUGUCCAAUCAUGUGAGAGGACAUCUUCACAGGGUUGGACUGACCUACACGGCACGCCAUAUACUGACCCCAGAACAAGUGGCUUAUAAAGAUAAACCGAAGGUUCGGCAGAAGAUCGCAUCAUUCCGGAAACUGAAAAAAGUGUUGCAGUUGCAGCCUGACUUUGAGGAAAGCAAUACCCACUCCUGUCCAUUAUGUGGGGAUGCGUUUGAUAAUAGGAAAGGACAAUCCAACCACGUACGUGGCCACCUCAAAAAGAUUGGUCGAGCCCAUUUAUCAAAGAACAAAUCCCCAUUAAUAGUACUCAAGGAGCUGAUGUGUAACAAAAAAGAGUACUUGAGGGCCGUUCAUAUUCUAGGAAAGAGAAAAAAUAAUUUCCAUUAUGGUGCUAAUCAUUUCACGCCAUCCUCCUUUGGAUUCUCUCAAGAUAACCCUGACUCAAAGGUGCGUGCUGAUGUCAAACCACACAUGCCUACGCUAUCGGUGUCGGAAACAAACUCCGAUAGAAAGCAACUGCAAAUGAAGGUAGAGGAGCGAAAUUCAUUCACGGACACGACCGCGUUAAUAGGGAUUCUGAAGAAAAGAAAAUGCCAGGAAGACACCAAACCUAAGGUGGCGUACCCUUCGUCCAAGUACUCGGGAACGGUCUCCUCCAACGGUGAACAAAGUUCAGGACCAAAAGUUGCGUCUUCACUGCCAAUUCCAGUACCAGAGAAAGGUGAAUUCAACCGGAAGGUGUGCGUCCAUUGCAAAGCAACUUUUCACAGUGGCGUUAGCCUGUCUAACCAUCUGCGAGCAUGUGCCAAACGGAAAAGAGCGUCUUUGCUUGAGAGAACUGAGUUCGAUUGUAAAGCGAGGAGGCAGCGUUUGAGGACCAGCUCAAAGAAGAAAAUGCUUACGUUAACACAAACUCCAGAGGAAAUGUACAGACUGACAUGCAGGUUCUGCGACCUGGUCUUCCAGGGUCCCUUGUCUGUCCAAGAGGACUGGGUCAAGCAUUUACAGAGACACAUCAUGAACACUGGUGUCCCCCGCACUGGGCUUGGCAUGAUGGAGGUGACUUCGCCACCCGCCGCCGACACGGCUUCUUGCGUCAAGACUGAUCCGGAGACCGCGCACCCCGCCGCCUCCUGA